CUCUUCACAUUUUGAUUCUCUGUACUCUCUCUCUCUCUCUCUCUCUCCCCCUCCCACGGGACGACGAAAAUGGCAAUCACAAUCUGCGAGCUUCCCGCUCCGUGCAGUCACCGCCGCUUCCACGUCAACCUUGAUGGAACUGAAAUUUCCGUCACUGUCACUGCCACAGCCUCCGUUGUCCGACGCUGGAUCAACGCCGUCACCUACUUUAACCGACACUACCUCAGCAGACUCAUCGUCGGUCUCGGCGUUCAGUGGACUCCCGGUGACAGAGACGCACCGGCGGAUACUUUGCAACUCUGCGUGGGUCGCCGAUGCCUCGUGUACCAGCUGAGUCACUCAACCUACGCCCCGAAGUUGCUCCGGCGAUUCCUCUUGAACCCUUACUAUACCUUUGUUGGCUUCUGGAACCAUUCGGAUCGGACGAAGCUGGCGAUUUCGAAGCAUCAUCUGCACAUGCUGAAGGAUCCUCUGGAUAUCAGGGAGUAUGUGGAAACGGAUGACGGUGAGAGCCUCCAUAGGGCUUCGGUCGAGGAGAUUGUUCGGGAAUGCCUUGGGAUUGAUGGAGUAAGAGUGAGGCCAGAGAUCAGUAUGAGCGAUUGGGACGUUAUGUAUCUCAGUUCUGAGCAGGUUCUGCAAGCGACUCUCGAUGCUCACUGUGCGUUUAUGAUUGGGAAGAACAUUGGUGCUUGGAGACUCCCUUAGGUAAGUCCUAAAUCUGAAUGCACUUCAUGCUACAGGUUGUGUCCAGUAGAUUUCGCAUUUUCACAGUUGGCCUUUGAGCGAAUUUCGAUGGUGAUAUUUUGCUUCAUUGAGUAUUCUUCCAGCAUCACUCUCGUUUUUUCUU